CUGCUGUGUUGCCUUUCAGAUCCUGGAGUCUCUGUGGGUGGUAAUGAGCAGAAACGUCGGCCUCCUCAUCUCCACCACGACCACUCUCCUCACCGUCUUGUUCCACAGUGGCACGGCUCUGCUCAACUUCGCGCUGAGUCUGGUGAUCUUCCUCACGACUCUCUUCUACCUGCUCAGCUCCAGCGGUGAAUACUACAAACCCGUCAAGUGGGUGAUCAGCCUGACGCCUCUCUCCCAGCCCGGACCCUCCUCCAACAUCAUCGGCCAGUCCGUGGAGGAAGCCAUCAGAGGAGUGUUCGACGCCUCUCUAAAAAUGGCCGGCUUCUACGGCCUCUACACUUGGCUCACUCACACCAUCUUUGGCAUCAACAUCGUCUUCAUUCCUUCUGCUCUGGCCGCCAUCCUGGGAGCGGUGCCGUUCCUGGGGACGUACUGGGCCGCCGUGCCGGCCGUGUGCGACCUGUGGUUGGCGCAGGGGGAAGGUGUGAAGGCCCUGCUGCUGCUCAUCUGCCACCUGCUGCCCACAUACUUCGUAGACACGGCCAUCUACUCCGACAUAUCGGGGGGUGGACACCCGUACCUGACGGGCCUGGCGGUGGCGGGCGGAGCGUACUACCUGGGCCUGGAGGGGGCGAUCAUCGGGCCCAUCCUCCUCUGCAUCCUGGUGGUGGCGGCCAACAUCUACAGCGCCAUGCUGAUGAGUCCCAGCUCUGCGCUGCCGACGCCGGUGCAGUCCAGCUGGCCCGUCCACCCCAUGAGAUUUGUCUUUAGCGCAAAUCAUCUCGCUAAACUGAUCACCGCCCUCGUAAUAGCAGCUUAUCUGGGAUGAAAAUUCAUGUCGUUCCUCCAGUCGUAGAGUUUGUUGAUCCUGUCUCAGAUGAUUGAAUCCAGCUAUUCUAAUCAAAUUCGUACAUGGGUUUCAGCAAUAAUAAAAAAAAAAGAACUCAUUAAAGAAACUUUUUCAUUACAAAAAUAAUAGAAAAACCUGAAAACAACAUUAUUCAAAGUGUCUUUAUGUGUUACCAAUCCUGGGAACACUAUUUGGGUUUUUACAUCCUCUACAAACUUGGCAUUUAUCACAACAC